GGUCCGAAAGCAUCAUUGUAAGAAAAUGGCACUAUUUGGUCUCCUCUCAUUCAUAGCACUUGUGAGUGCUGCUUAUGGUUGCGGUCAGCCAGCCAUCCAUCCGGUCCUCACUGGAUAUUCCAGAAUUGUGAAUGGUGAGGAGGCCAUUCCUGGGUCUUGGCCAUGGCAAGUCUCUCUUCAGGACAAAACUGGUUUUCAUUUCUGUGGUGGAUCUCUGAUCAGCGAUGAAUGGGUUAUUACUGCUGCACAUUGUACUGUGAGAACUACGCACAAGGUUGUUGUGGGUGAAUUUGAUCAGCGUUCAUCUGCUGAGAACACUCAGGUUAAAUCUAUUGCCAAGGUCGUCAAGCACCCAAAAUACAGCCCAUUUACAGUCGUGAAUGACAUCACUCUGAUCAAGUUGGAGUCUCCUGUUACGGUUCAACCACAAGUAUCUCCUGUCUGUGUAGCAGAGGCAACUGAUAACUUUGAAGGUGGAAUGAGGUGUGUCACCACUGGAUGGGGACUGACUGAUUCCUCUGCAAGCCUAACCCCAGCCAGGCUGCAGCAGGUAGCUCUUCCACUUCUCACUAAUACCGAAUGCAAGAAAUACUGGGGCAACAAAAUCUAUGAUGUGAUGGUCUGUGCUGGAGCUGAUGGUGCCUCUUCUUGUAUGGGUGACUCAGGAGGACCUCUUGUGUGCCAGAAGGACGGCAGCUGGACAUUGGUUGGCAUUGUGUCCUGGGGAAGCUCCACUUGUUCCCCAUCAUCUCCUGGAGUAUAUGCACGAGUCACUGAACUCAGGGACUUCAUUGACCAGACCAUUGCUGCCAACUAAAGAUACUGCUGUAUUUCUGUAAUUCUUUCAUUAAAGAUAAAUUAAUUUGUGAAGCAAA